AUGACCUCCUCGCUGGCAAAGCAGUUCAAUGUGCUUCUAGUGGGGAAAGGUGCUCGAGAACAUGCCCUUGCGUGGAAACUGAGUCGUUCCCCUUCCGUAAAGCACUUCUACGUAGUACCCGGCAACGGAGGAGCAGCAGCGUUGCAAAAUGUUUCCAACAUAGAACAUGUGGCAGCAAACGACUACCAGAAGCUUGUAUCCCUAUCCAAACAACACGAGGUCGGACUCGUGGUCGUCGGGCCAGACGAUGCCAUUAUGGAUAGAAUUGAAGGUGGGGUUCCCUGCUUCGCCCCAAGUAAAGAAGCUGCCGGAAUCGAAGGCUCGAAGACAUAUGCCAAGGAUUUCAUGAGGAGACACGGUAUUCCCACAGCUGAAUACAGAAGCUUUGAGGACGGAGAUGCGCAAGCAUACCUGAAUGACGAGAGCACUAAUAGUAGGGUUGUCAUCAAAGUGGACGGAUUAGCCUCUGGCAAAGGAGUAGUGCUUCCAGUAGACCGAGCGGAAGCGCAUCAGGCGCUGAAAGACAUGAUGCUCGGCGGCAAAUUUAGCUCGGCCGGCAACUCUGUGGUUAUCGAAGAUUACCUUGACGGUGACGAAAUAAGUGUCUUGACCUUAAGCGACGGAAGAACGAGUAAAAGCUUUCCCUUGGGACAGGACCAUAAACGAAUAUAUUAUAGUAACAAAGGCCCUAAUACCGGAGGAACGGGUGUUAAUGCCCCUGUCCCAUUUGUUAGCUCUAAGCAAAUGGCGGAAAUCGAGCGCAAAAUCCUUCAACCGACUUUUGAAGGGCUCGAAGCUGAAGGUCGUACCUUUGUCGGAAUGCUGUUCACUGGGAUCAUGCUCGCGUCUUCUGGGCCAAAAGUCUUGGAAUACAAUGCUCGUUUUGGAGACCCAGAAACGCAAACUAUGAUGAUGCUCCUUUCGGACGACGAUUUCGCAGCAAUUCUACUCGCUUGUGCUCAAGGGAAGCUACACCAAGUGGAACUAAACAUAACCCCUGGCUUCUCAUGUAACGUCGUUAUUGAAGCAGGCGGUUAUCCUGAAGAGUAUUGUAAGGGCGAUGUCAUCACGUUGAGCGAUUGCCCUCCAGGCGUGCAAGAUUUCCAUGCUGGGACCCAAUAUGAAGACGGCGUGCUUAAAACUGCUGGUGGUCGAGUGUUUUCCGUUGCUGCGAGAGGUGAAACACUCGAAGAAGCAGUUGCGACUGCAUAUCAAGGGGUGGAAAGUAUCCAGUUUGAAGGCAUGUUCUACCGCAAGGAUAUUGCAGCUCGGUAA